AGGGAGUGGUGUUUUACUGUUCAGCCGUCCCAGCAGUUGAGCCGUAAUGGCGUCAGUAGCGCGGCAGAAAGCCGUGUUCAGGGAGGAGGGCGGACUCAUGGGGACGGUUUCCGGGUUUCCCUUCCUGGGCUGGGGCAGCGGCAAGAGGCAAACGGCUCCUGUUGAUUAACAAUAAUUCAAAGUUACGCUCAGAAAUCCAGAAAACAACAGCUAUGUCUCAGUCUGGAGAGAAAGGGAAAUUCCCAGAUGCAACAGGUUACGUAGGGUUUGCCAACCUCCCGAACCAAGUGCACCGAAAAUCAGUGAAAAAGGGGUUUGAAUUUACCCUUAUGGUUGUAGGGGAGUCUGGAUUGGGAAAAUCGACACUUAUAAACAGCCUGUUUCUCACUGAUCUCUACCCUGAACGCUACAUCCCUGGUGCAGCAGAGAAGAUUGAGAGGACGGUGCAGAUUGAGGCAUCAACUGUGGAGAUCGAGGAGAGAGGAGUCAAGCUUCGUCUCACCGUGGUCGACACCCCCGGAUACGGCGACGCCAUCAACAGCCAGGACUGCUUCAAGACCAUCAUUCAGUACAUCGACAAUCAGUUUGAGCGAUACCUCCACGAUGAGAGCGGGCUGAACCGAAGACACAUAGUGGACAACAGGGUGCACUGCUGCUUCUACUUCAUAUCUCCAUUUGGACACGGUCUAAAGCCUCUGGAUGUGGAGUUCAUGAAGGCUAUCCACAGCAAAGUCAACAUAGUCCCAGUCAUUGCCAAGGCUGACACACUGACACUGAGAGAGAGGGAUCGCCUGAAGAGAAGGAUCCUGGAUGAGAUUGCAGAGCAUGGGAUCAGAAUUUAUCAGCUACCUGACGCAGACUCUGACGAGGACGAAGAGUUCAAGGAGCAGACCAGAGUCCUGAAGGCGAGCAUUCCCUUUGCUGUGAUUGGCUCCAACCAGCUGAUUGAGGUGAAGGGGAAGAAGAUCCGUGGUCGUCUCUACCCCUGGGGAGUUGUAGAAGUGGAGAACCCCGAGCACAAUGACUUCCUCAAACUGCGCACCAUGCUUGUGACCCACAUGCAAGACCUCCAGGAGGUAACUCAGGAUCUGCAUUAUGAGAACUUCCGCUCAGAGAGGCUGAAGACAGCGGGCAGGGCUGUGGAUGAGGAUGUGGUGGAUAAAGACCAGAUCCUGCUACAGAAAGAGGCCGAGCUGAGACGCAUGCAGCAAAUGAUCGCUCAGAUGCAGGCACAGAUGAAGAUGAAAUCAGACGAGUGAAAGAGUCUCAGCAGAAGGGAAACACGGUGAUCACAACGCCCCCAACACACACACACGCACACACGCACACACACUUAUAAACACACACCUGGUCCUCCUCUGUAUCCAUCCCUGCUUGCUGACAUGCUGCAGAUCCACCAGGAGUCCAGACAUCCAGGAUCACAUCAUCUAUAUAUGCACACCACCUUUUCUUCUUCUUCUUCUUCUUCCCUCCAAACAUCUAUCUAUCAGCUGUGCAGGAGCUUCUUGAACAUAUUGUCAAGACUCUACUUACAAUCCACAUGUAGAUCUCGCUAAUUAUCCUAUUUUUUGCUUACUAGUUUGCCGAGUGGACAACAUUUACAAAGCAGUUGACACGGGGAAACAUUUUUUAUACUGGAUGAUUAUCACAGACAUCUCUGUUAUUUAGUCUUUGAUCUUAAUUAUGACUCCACAGAGCUGCCAGUGACAAUGGUACUGAGAGGUUUUACCAUCACACUAUCACAUUUACCAAAAUAUAUAGGAAUUAUGCGUUGUCCUGAAGUCCAAGCUUCAGAUGGCAUCUUUUUCCAUUUACUUUGCUCUCAGGUUAAGAACAUAUUUUAACCUAAAAUUUGAAGAAGAAAAAAACCUGUUUGCUUAUCAUGUUUUCUUUUAGAGUGAUGUUAUGAGGGAAUCAUUAACCCAUCAUGUUUAUCUCUGGAUGGUUUCAGAUCUUCAGUGCCUCAGUCUGAUAAUGCAAUAACUAUAAAUAUUACGUGUGGUUAUGAAUGAGGUAACCUGUCCUCUCAGAGAACAAGAAAUGCUUUCUCUUUUAAUUGUUUUAAACUACAAACUUAAUUUUGUAGCCAACACUACAUACUUCUAGGCUAAAGUUUAUUUGGCGUUUAGGCUGGAAAGCUAAUAUAUGCAAGUAGUCAAACAUUAUAGUUAUGACGAGAAACAACUCGGCUUUUGGAUCACGUUGAAGCUGAAUAAAAAUGCCAUGUUGUUAAUAAUUUUUGUAUUUAUCAUCAAGAGCUGCAUGAUCUUUAAUGUCCGUGCCAAACUACAGACUGAAAACUAAUCACACUAUUCAGUCCAGGUUUUUUAAUGUGUCCAUAUUUGCUUCAGUGAUGUUGUUCAACAUGUAUAAUGUUCUGUUUGUGCACAACAUGUGCAGCCUUUACGAUACUGUAUUUGAGCUUUCCCAUUUACAAUCAGAUACUUAACUGUUUAAAUGUUCUGUGUGUAAACGCCUUCCAGCCUUCUGUUUAGCAGUCUCAUCUAACGGCUGUCAUUGAUGUGUUGUUGGCGUCAUUUUGUUUUUCUGUCUUUUGCUCUUUUAUGCAAAUAUGUCUCUUGAAUUUACUAAGACACACAUAACUAUUAUUUCAUAUCCAUAUGUCAGUAAAGACUUGUUUUUAAGACGUAAACACUUUUUUGUAUUUCUCUCUGGAAUAAAAUUUGUUGGAGAACAAAAAGAUGA